CGCGCGGGCUGCUUUUCCAGGGACUCACCUGUAGAUCUGCGCCGUCAGGAUGCCGCAUCUGACCACAGCUCUGCUCUUCCUCCUGUGCCUGGCCGUUACCGGGGAGUGCCGGAGACACGGCCACCGGGUGCGGAGAUGGACCGGCACGGCGGAGACGCCGAAGCAUGGCACCUCCUUGGCAAAGAAGCCUCCAGAUGUGACCAAGUCUCGCAAAUUGAAGACCGAGCACCUUCUGAAAGUAGAUGAUCAUGACUUCACCAUGAGGCCGGCGUUUGGAGGUCCUGCAAUCCCUGUUGGAGUGGAUGUUCAGGUGGAGAGUCUGGACAGCAUCUCUGAAGUUGAUAUGGACUUCACCAUGACCUUGUAUCUGCGGCACUACUGGAAGGACGAGCGUCUGUCGUUCAGCAGCAGCACCAACAAGAGCAUGACGUUCGACGGCCGUCUGGUGAAGAAGAUCUGGGUUCCGGACGUCUUUUUCGUCCACUCCAAGCGGUCGUUCAUCCACGACACCACGACUGACAACAUCAUGCUGCGAGUCUUUCCCGACGGACACGUACUCUACAGCCUGAGGGUGACCGUGACUGCAGCCUGCAACAUGGACUUCAGCCGCUUCCCUCUGGACUCUCAGACCUGCUCGCUGGAGCUGGAGAGCUAUGCCUACACAGACGAAGACCUGAUGCUGUACUGGAAGAGCGGUGAUGAGUCUCUCAGCACUGACGAUCGUAUCUCCUUAUCACAGUUCCUCAUUCAGAAGUUUCACACAACGUCCCGCUUGGCCUUUUACAGCAGCACAGGCUGGUACAAUCGCCUCUACAUCAACUUCACGCUGCGGCGCCACAUCUUCUUCUUCCUGCUUCAGACGUACUUUCCCGCCACGCUCAUGGUGAUGCUUUCAUGGGUGUCGUUCUGGAUUGACCGCCGGGCUGUACCUGCCAGAGUUUCCUUGGGCAUCACCACAGUGCUGACCAUGUCCACCAUCAUCACCGGAGUGAACGCGUCCAUGCCGCGGGUGUCCUACAUCAAGGCCGUGGACAUUUACCUGUGGGUCAGCUUCGUCUUCGUGUUCCUGUCCGUGCUGGAGUACGCCGCCGUCAACUACCUGUCCACCGUCCAGGACCGGCGGGAGCGCAAAAUGAGGGAGCGGGCGCGGUCGCAGUCGCUGCCGUGCACCUGCGGCAUCUCCCAGACGCGGACCAUGACCAUGCUGGACGGCACGUACAGCGAGGCCGACACCAACAGCCUGGCGGGCUACACCGAGGAGCCCAUGGUGCCCGAGGAGGAGCAGGAGGAGAUGCACGAGGUCCCCGAGAAGCCCGAGCACAUGGUGGUGCACCUGUCGGUGAGCAGCGAGUCCACCACCACCAAGAAGAAGAAGAGCCUGCGGGCGCUGAACAUCAUCCAGAACACGCACGCCAUUGACAAAUACUCCCGGAUGAUUUUCCCCGGCUCGUACAUCUUUUUCAACCUGAUCUACUGGUCGGUUUACUGCUGAA